AUGGCCGAGGCCAACUGGACGUCCGUCUCCGAGUUCGUGCUCCUGGGCCUGUCCGAGCGCCAGGACCUGCAGCCGCUGAUCUUCGCGGGGUUGCUGGCCACCUAUCUGGUGAACCUAGUCGGCAACUCCAUGCUGCUGGUGUUGAUAUGGGCUGACCCCCAGCUCGCCAGCCCCAUGUAUUUCCUCCUCAGCCAGCUGGCCAUGGUGGACAUGGGCCUCGCCUCCAUCACCCUCCCCCAGGCCCUGGUGAACACCCUGAGCCAGCACCGGGUCAUCCCCUUCGCUAGCUGCCUGGCCCAGCUCUUCCUCUAUCUGGCCGUGGACAACAUGGAGGGCUACCUGCUGGCUAUCAUGGCCUACGACCGUUACAUGGCCGUCUGCGACCCGCUGCGCUACGCCGCCGUGGUGACGCGGUCCCUGUGCCUCAAGAUGGCGGCCGCCUCCUUAGCCGUGGUGAUCUCGCACGGCCUUCUGCACGCCGUCAUGACCGCCCGGUUGCGUUACUGUGGCAAUUCUGUGCAGCAUUUCUUCUGCGACGUGCCGCCCCUGCUGCGCCUCUCCUGCACCCGGCCUGUUGCCAGCGAGCUGGUGAUCUCCACCCAGGGCGUCUUCGUAGUGGUGGCUCCUUUCGUCUUCAUCCUGGCCUCCUACGUCCGCAUCGGGGUGGCCGUGGCCCGCCUGCGCUCUGCCCAAGCCCUGCGCAAGGCCCUCUCCACCUGUGGCUCCCACCUGACCGUGGUGUUGCUCAUGUACGGCAGUGUGGCCUGGUUCUACUUCCGCCCGGCCUCCAGCCACGCCUUGGGACAUGACUGGGAGGUGGCCGUCUUCUACACCGUCGUGGUGCCUGCCCUAAACCCCGUCAUCUACAGCCUGAGGAACAAGGACGUGGCCUCGGCCCUGAGGAGGACAGGGAGGAAGGUCCUGGCUCGGGGCGCGUGAGUCCAGCCCAUGGCUCCAUCGCUGCACCGGGCACGGACUUUCCACCCAAGAUGUCUCUGGGGAAAUGUCUCCUUUAGCUCCAUCAGGACACCUGGGUUCUUUUCUCCUCAGACACGAGGCUGCUGGAACUAACA